CUAUACUCCGUACCUUAAACUCACGAUUCCCCUCCUCUGCUAACAUCCAUGGCUUCUCGUCUCCUUCUCUCCUUCCUCCUCUUCCUGCUCAUCUCCAUUGCCACCUCCUCCCCUCCUCUCCUAUCAAACCUCAAAGAAAAACAAACCCACCUCCACUUCUUCUUCCACGACAUCGUCAGCGGCCGCAACGCCACCGCCGUUCCAGUCACCAAACCCGCCGCCGGAGCCCAUCCCCAGUCGUUCUUCGGCAUGAUAGCCGUAAUGGACGACCCGCUCACCGACGGGCCCGACCGCAACUCCACGCUCCUGGGCCGGGCCCAAGGCCUCUACGCCGCAACGGACCAGGAGGAGGCCAGCCUUCUCAUGACCAUGAACCUGGCCUUCACGGCGGGGAAGUACAACGGCAGCGUUCUCUCCGUGCUGGGCCGCAACCAGCCCCUCCACCCGGUGAGGGAGAUGCCGAUCGUCGGAGGCAGCGGGCUCUUCCGCUUCGCGAGAGGGUAUGCGCUGGCACGGACUCAUUGGUUUGAUCUCACCACCGGUGAUGCUACCGUGGAGUAUAAUGUGCAUGUCAUACAUUAUUGACAAGUGCUGUUUCUACAUGAAUGAGUUGGGAGAGUGACGAUACGCAUCGUUGGUUUUGUUCUUGUACCUGAAUAAACUUUUUAGUGAAAAUUAGUGUUUUAUUUUCGUUUA